GCCUCUGAAUGACAGACACCACCGACUCUACGCGGAUAUAGCUCGAAAGCUCCAGAGCUCCAGAAAAACGCGUCCCUUGCAACCACAACCUCGAUAUCCAAUAGCCGUUUGUGUCGUUUAAAAGAAAAGAUCGUGAUAAAUUAAAAACGAACCGGUUAGAAGCAAAAAAGAGGCGUCUGCGCACAUCAGCAGCCGUUAGCGGGCUGAGCUAGCCGCAUCUCGCCCGCGAGACGUCGGGCUGAAUAACUGUGCGCUUUAUUAUCCUCAUCCACAUCAAUUAAACUGAACGGUACAUCAGAAUCGCAGCGGGUUCGGCGGAGCUGUCCGGCUCUUGCUCGCACUGCAGGCCUGGGUGUGGGUGCGGAGAAUGCUAAAGGAUGAGUCAGAGGGACACCCUGGUUCAUUUGUUUGCUGGAGGCUGUGGUGGCACUGUAGGUGCAAUACUGACAUGUCCUUUGGAGGUGGUGAAGACGAGGCUGCAGUCUUCUUCGGUGACUCUUUACAUCUCUGAGGUUCAGCUCAGCACUGUGAAUGGGGCCAGUGUGGCCCGCAUGUCCCCACCGGGGCCUCUGCACUGUCUCAAGUUAAUACUGGAGAAAGAAGGACCUCGCUCACUCUUUAGGGGGCUGGGGCCCAACUUGGUGGGAGUGGCUCCAUCCAGAGCAAUUUAUUUUGCUGCCUACUCCACAGCCAAAGAGAAGCUGAACAAUGUUUUUGAUCCUGACUCCACACAGGUGCACAUGCUGUCCGCUGGCUUAGCAGGGUUCACUGCCAUUACAGCAACCAACCCGAUCUGGCUUAUAAAGACUCGAUUGCAGCUCGAUGCCAGGAACCGUGGAGAACGGCGCAUGAGUGCAUUUGAGUGUGUGCGGCGGGUCUAUCAGUCAGAUGGGUUACGGGGAUUCUACAGGGGCAUGUCUGCUUCUUAUGCUGGCAUAUCAGAGACUGUCAUCCACUUUGUCAUCUAUGAAAGCAUUAAACGCAAACUCAUUGAGUCCAAGGCCAACGCUAACAUGGAUGAUGAAGAUGAAUCUGUAAAAGAUGCAUCGGACUUUGUCGGAAUGAUGCUGGCUGCUGCCACAUCCAAGACUUGUGCCACCUCAAUUGCUUAUCCUCACGAGGUUAUUCGUACCAGACUACGUGAGGAGGGCAGCAAGUAUCGUUCGUUCUUCCAAACUCUAAAUAUGGUGGUCCGGGAGGAGGGUUACAGAGCACUGUACCGAGGCCUCACUACUCAUCUGGUCCGACAGAUCCCAAACACUGCUAUAAUGAUGUGCACCUAUGAGCUGGUGGUCUACCUGCUCAAUGGUUAACAGACGGAGAGAGAACAGGAAAGAGAGGGAGAGAGACAGAGCGAGAGAGACGAACAGGGUGAGAAUGCAAAAGCUAGAUGGAGACCGAGAGAGAGAUUGUCCCAGGCUUAGACCAAAGGAAGUAGAACAAAUCCUAGAAACGCAUUGUCAACCCUGACCCCCAAAGGGGGCUAUAGUCUCCGAGAAACAGAGGGAUUUGAGCCUGUCAGACUGGAGAGUGUUUCAAAAAAGUAUGAGCGAUGGUGAACAGAUACGCUAAAGCUGUCUGUUUCAUUUGUUUAAAAAUGUUUUACGAAAAGUCCGUUUUGAAAGGACAAUCAAAGAGGAGAAUGCUUGAAGAAAAAACAAAAGCCUGAAUUGGCUGGGGGGAAAAAAGCUCUUUCAAAAAUCAUUUUAUCUGAGCCAUUGUUUUAAUAAAAGAAAAACAAACCCGUCAAGAUCUGAAAUGACUGAAGGUCUUUGAAGGAAAAAAAAAAAAGCACAAGAAAGUGUUUUUCAGAUGUGGCAUAUUAGCACUACUGUAAAGGAUGUUUUUCUUAUUUCACCAUUUCAUAAAGAUGACAUUUUGCCUUUCCAGAGUUUGUUAAUUCAAGCAUUCUCCUCUAAAGGUCACCUUCCACUCUUUCCAAACUGGCAGAUGGUUGUCCGCGCACAAAUGUCCAUUUGCUGUUGUUAAAUUGACGGUCACGUGAUCUGUGGCCCCUCAUGUGCUUCAAACUGAAGUGUUUCUUCGUUAGGUUCAUGUUAAGUUUAAUCAUACUUAUUUUGUGUGUGUCAUACCGUUGUCCUAAUAUCAGUAUAGUAUAUAAUUUGGGGUGGUAUUUUUGAAUUGGGAGAUGUUGUCCUGCUUGCGUCACUGGGCCUAUUUGAACUGAGAUGGAGCGUUCUCGAGUUUAUCGCCACCGUUCACUGCUGCAAAGCCUCUACUUGAAUCCCAGGUGUCUGCGAGAGCCAGAGAUGAAUUUACCGAUGGCUAAAUGGUAGUGGCUAAUGCUAUCCCUGAGCAUGUUGCCUACGAGCAUGUUGCCUACAAACAACAUGCCAAGUCGUGACGAUAUUAUUCGUCGUAAGGCAAUAGUCAUUUUUCCACUUUUGAGUGGGAAUACAAGCUGCAGAAUUGUUCCCACCCUACGGAUUCCUCUAACAGUGGCUUCUGACUGACCGUUUAUGCACUUUGUGGCCUGUCUAGGCUGUUUUUUUUCUGUUUGGAACAAUUUUGAUCUUGUAUUGUAAAACAUAGUAUUACUAUGUAAGCAAGACAGUGUUUUGCUGAACAGUUCCCUUUGGAAGUUAUUGUACAGUUCAGUGUACUAAACUUUUAGUGAAGGAUAUUCUUGUAUGUGUAUAUACUGUAUGUAUACAUAUCAAAUAUCCAGUGUUCAUAACUUAAGUCCUCUGAUUAUGCAGUAGUAUUAUUUGAAUGACUGCAUUUGUUUGAUAGAUUUAUCACAGAAGGAUGUUGUGAAACUCAUUUGGUGGAAUGUUAUCUUUUUUUAAUGCAUUUUAUAUCAUUUUGUUUAUCACUCCUCAUUCUGGCCCUGGACUCGUUGCUUGAAAAGGAGUCACAAUUGUUUUUUUCUUUCCAAGUGUUUUCAUCUUGCUUGUUUGUUUACAUUACUGUUGUCUGUACUUUCACACCCUCAUGAUAUGAAGGAUCUCAAACUGUUCAUGUUGGUGAUUUAGACGUUAUCCACAUAAUUUCCACAGACAGUUCGUUACCAACAAUGUUGGCUUAAAAUGAUCAUUUAAGGUAAUUAUAUAUUAAACCUCAUGUUGGUAUAUCCCAUACAGUGCCUCUAAUGGUCCUGUAAGUAUCUUUGAAUAGUUUUUUUUUUUUUUCAAGCAGCAAAAUACAUGGUUUUGGCAGCAUCCAUCAUUCAUAAGCAGAAGUAAUGUGUCUUUAUGUUUUCAUGCAUUUCAAUGUCUUUUCUGUCCAGUUCAAAUCCAUUUUGUUUUCUAAGUCAUCGAUAUCUGUAAUGCUGCUAAUGAAGCUCUGGAAUUCUGUAAUGCUCAUUACCACACAUUGGAUUUCGUUACUCGUAAUACACACAACAUCAUCAGAUAUUAUGCAGUUAAUGCUGGACUCUCGUCACAACAAAUGUGAUCUCAGUCUGCGAUUUGCUAAAUAUUGUUCUAAUUGAUAAACAAAAGCAUUUGCUUUUGGAAAACAGGCGUGAUGUUUUAGUGUAAUUAGAAUAGUUAGACUAUAGUUGAUGGAUUAGUAAAAUUAGUGCAUAAAUAGUUGUGUUGUAUCUAAAGUCGUAAUGCCCUUGUGUUAGAAAGUGAUCUCUUGCAAACAUGCAUGCAUGAUGCUCUAAGUUUGCAUUCAACAAAUGCACUUCAGGGUCUCACAGAGACUUUAAUGGCAUUACGAAGAAAUUCAAAAAGGCAUUUCAGAAAGUGAUGUUGGAAUAUUCAGGUGUCAAUGUUGGACUGAAUGGACAGACUUGAACAUUCUAUUAACUGAGCCUAACCGAUUGACAGAAAUAUUGAACACGGUGGUCUAGAUGAAUCAUUUCAUCUUCAUUUCAUGUUUAAUGGCAUAUUCAGCAAUUUUCAUGUGUGGUGUCUAUAUUGCGCAGUCUAACAUGACCAACACUAACAAAAUGUGUCAAUUCCCGUUAAUUUUAUUUUUUAUUUUUUUUAAGUCUAGUUGAUUUUAUGGUAAAUGUGGCCUAUUCUUUGCUGGUUAUGUGAUUUAUCAUACCUCUUUUUGUACAAACUGUCAAUAAAAACGAUGGAAAACC